AUGCGAAAAAGUGGCAUGGAACGUAUGCAGGCUCCGGGUCAUUCGUCAUCGAAUUCUGUCUCAUCAGGACAUACUGUUAGUCCUGAAGCCAUACCAACUCCACCAAGCUCUCGACCAGCUUCGGCCGUAUCAGCUCCUAUUCGAAAGACACCUCCACCGAAAAACACGAGCGUUACAAUGUCGAAUGCGAGCCGAGAACAAACGCCGACUGUCCAUCGGAGUCCUCACCAACCUGAAGUGCCAUCGGCAAAUAAGCGUAAGGCUCAUGUUCCGGUAACGGCGCAGCAGCGACCAAGUGAUGGCAAACGACCGCGUCAGGAAAGUGCUAGUCCACCAGAAGAUCCUACUAACCACCCGCAACAUAAUCAGAAGUUAGCUGCUCGUUCGGGCGGUAGUACGGCAUCGUCUCGUCUUAGCUCCCCUUGUAGUUUAUCGUCACCUACUCAGCCUUCCUGUGAUUGGGAUAAAAAUUAUGGGGAGAUUAAAAAUGUACAUGAAGCAGAAAAAUACUUCGCACUUUUCCAACAGGAGUACCCGGAGUAUUUGGAAUGUUAUAGAACACUGAAUGAGGUUGCAAAAGAGUUCCGGCAACUUGAAAUGCAGCUGAAGAAUGCUGUCGAGAAUCGCAAAGAUACUACGAGGAUCGAGCAAACUAUACAAAUGCGUUUCGCUCACUUUGAUAAGGAUCCUGAAUUCGUAAAGGUUGGUCGUAGUUCUAUUAUUAUUUCGGAUAUUACAGUGAUUUUGCAACCACCCUCCCCCCCCUCCCUUUUAUUGUUUAUUAUGGUCUAA